AUGUAUACGAUUUAUCACCCUGUUGCAGUAGCAGCUGCAGCAACUAUUGGUGCGAUGCUUUUUGGAUUUGAUAUUUCUUCUGUCUCUGCAUUUGUUACUGCUCCACAAUAUCUAGAAUACUUUAAUCGUCCUAGUCCUUUUUUACAAGGUGUUAUCACUUCAUCUAUGCCUGCUGGAUCUGCAAUAUCAUCCCUUUUUUCUGGAUUUAUUACAAAUAGAAUAGGUCACAAAGCUAUUUGUCAAUUAAGUGCUUGGAUUUGGAUUGUUGGUGCUAUUAUUCAGUCGGCUUCUGGUAAUGCAAUACAUCUUAUUCUUGGGCGUUUUAUUUCUAGUAUAGCUAUUGGCCUUUCUUCCAGUCAAAUUCCUGUUUGGAUUUCUGAGUUAAGUCCAAAAAAUAAACGUGGAUGUCUUAUUUCUAUUUUUCAGUGGUCAAUAACAUGGGGCAUAUGCAUUAUGUUUUAUAUUUCUUAUGGUUGUACCUGGAUUAAAGGACCAACAUCUUUUAGAGUUGCUUGGGGUAUUCAGGUGGUUCCUGGACUUAUUUUUUCAAUCUUUGUUUUCUUCCUCCCACAAUCCCCCAGAUGGCUUGCUUCACAUGAUCGAUGGGAAGAAGCUCAAUAUAUUAUUUCUAAAGUAAACAACAAAUCUGAUUAUAACAAUCCAGAUGUCGUUGCCGAAAUAGAGGAGAUAAGACAGGCUGUUAAAAUCGAUAAGGAUAAUGUAGGUUAUUCAGCAUUAUUUGCUAAAGGCUCUCGUAAAAGGACUUCUAUUGGUUUUUUUACUCAUGUUUGGCAACAAUUUACUGGAAUGAACGUUAUCAUGUAUUAUGUUGCUUAUGUUUUUCGAAUGGCUGGCUAUAAAGGCACUUCGAAUUUAUUAGUUUCUUCUAUCCAAUAUGUUCUUAAUGUUAUUAUGACUAUUCCAGCACUGCUUUUUAUCGAUAAGUGGGGGCGACGACCAACAUUCAUUUAUGGUGCAAUUUUAAUGGCUAUAUUGCUCUAUGCAGAAUCAACUUUUAUGUCUAUCGGCGGUCGUUAUAUUUCUAAUUAUGAUGGGAGUGAAAAUAUACGAUGGACUAUGGAAGACCAUCCAAAUCUAGCAAAAGCUGCAAUUGCAUGUUCUUAUUUGUUUGUAUGUGUUUUUGCUUCUACUUGGGGACCAUGUGCUUGGAUUUAUGUUUCAGAAAUUUUCCCUCAUAAUCAACGUACAAAAGCUAAUGGAUUAUGUACUUUUGCAAAUUGGACUUUUAAUUUUGUAUUAGCUAUCUUUGUUCCUACUGCAUUUAAAAAUAUUCAAUGGAAAACAUUUAUUAUUUUUGCUGUUUUUUCAACAAUUAUGGCUGUUCAUGUAUACCUGAUGUUUCCUGAAACAUGUGGAAGAUCAUUAGAAGAAAUUGAACAAAUAUGGAAAGAAAAAAUACCUGCAUGGAAAACAAAACCAAUUAAAAUGAGUAAAUAUAAUGAUGAAGAUACUAAGAAAUCUUACAGUGAUGAAAUCAAAGUAGAAUUAAAUGAAAAAAAAGAUAAUGAAUUUGAAGUUUAA